AACCUACAUUUGUAUGUCUUCUGAAAUCUAUAAAUAGCUUUCUAUUGUUUUAACUUUAGUAAACCAGUCGGUGGCGACUUUUGAAGCACGAACUUAAUUGGAGCGUAGCACAACCUCGUUUAGAUAGAUAGGUAUUAUAUAUAACAACUCCAUUUGUUAGUCACGAUUUUUGUAACACAAUAGAAUGAAGCACAUGGGGUUUUUCCUUUGUUAUAAGUGCACGAUUUUUGGAUACACAAUUCAAAGAUUUAAAUUCCAAAGAAUACCAAAUUUAUGCUGAACGUUGAGCGAGCCAGAUCCGUAACCACACUUGUUUGAACAUCAGAAAUUUCCAAAAUGUCGUCUCUUCUCCCGACCCUGGGGUUGCUACUGAUCUUGGUGAGUUGUGUUAUGGCGGAAAAGUGUGACGUCAGCUCAAGCAAAACCGAUCCGUCAAUGAAGAAGAAAGUGGAAUGUGACUACGGCUGUUGUACGAAAGGGAACGUGGCUGAAUGCUGCGAAAGAAAAGUUGGAGCACUCGUCGGUAUCAUCGUCGGCAUCGUUGUUCUCAUUGUCGUCAUCGUCAUCGUCGUCAUCUGUUGUUGUAAAUACAAAAAGAACAAGAAAAUCCGCGAUGAACAGCAGGCUAACGAUAAUAACACUUCCCCUCCAGGAGGCAUGGUGAUGGUCCCCGUCAGCUAUCUACAACAACUUGGCCAGAACCAGGGAAGCGCCCCGGGGUACUCGGCCGCCAGUGGACACCAAUCCAAUCCCCCUCCUGGGUACCCUGGGGAGAGUAACUACACGCUUCCCCAGUCGUACGAUUCCUACCCGGAAAAGUCCUGAGAAACAACUUCGUCAGUGAAAAGAUUCAUAACUUCUUUUAACUGGAAUCACGUUUGUGUGGCUACGUUGGAUUCUGAAAACAAAUCGGAGAGAGAAAACGUUUUAUUAAAUUAAAAUUGUAAUUGUAAAUAAUGUUCCGGAAUGUCAGUCCUCGGAAAGUAUUUGAAGUUGCCGGAGACUUUUUUCACAAACUAAAUAUUCGCGAAAGAAACUCGAUCAUACCAUGUGGGUUCCCCUCGUAUUUUUGUUGCUUUCAUUUUGAUUCGUAGAUCUCCUUGAUGUUGUAGAUGUGUGCUAUCUUCCUCAAUUCGAGGUGUAAUGAAUCAUAUAAAAGAUAAUUUCAAUGGAUGAUAGUUUUAAUUUGUUGAUUAUCAGAGGACACAUUUGAAAAGCAAAUUACCAGAAAAACUUGCUUUGGUAAGUUUGACUUUUCAUAGUAUUAUACACUGUAACAGAAUCAUAAUAAUCGACUUUAAUAAACGACUAUUAAGAGGGACAACUUAAUACAAUUUAUAACACCGAUAGAUCACCGACCUCCGUCAGUGAGACGAUACCCGCAUGGGUGGUAUCAUGUAGGCGAUAAACCCGUCAACAACCAACCAACCAACCAACCAGCACACUAAUGAAAAUAUCAUCCAAGGUGUCUAUGUCUUUUGACAUAUCAAUUUUAUCAUAUCUUUAUAUUUUACUUUGGCUGUCCUAGGUAUUCUUUCUUGUCUACAUAAACUAAUUCGCCAGACGUGAAGUUGUACAUAAAUCAAAGGAUCAUUCAAUAAUCGUUGAACGUUUGGAAUGUCCUAGGUCAUAUACCUGUAAUAAAAGGUAGUAGACGGUACACAUCCUCGAUUUACAUGGGUUACGCCCACUUUCGCUCUCUGCACCCCUGGACUAUGUCAUAGCAAAAUUGAAGGCACAUGGCUAGCAAUUUGUUUGGUGUCGGUUAUAAAAACCCUGACCAAUUUCUACCAGGCUAAUACUUGUCCUAUGAAGAUUACAAAGGAGCGACACCCGGCUUCAAAGCCAAGAGGUUUUACCGUUACGCGACUGCGAGAUUCUUUUGAUGAACAUCAAAGGAUCAAACAAGUCUGUUCGUCUCAUCCACACUGUGGCACACACUGGGCCUUGGCUUUUGCUAUGACAUAAUUCCAGGGAUGCAGAGAGCGUAUACGUAGGUGAGCGUAACCCCUAGAUAUCAAGGAUUGAUUGUACACAGCGAUGAUAAAAAUAGUCACAGUACAGGUCACACUGUUGUA